AUUACGGUAUAAUAAAGCAUGCGGGGGCGAGGGGCGCGCCGCGCUCUCAUAUUCCGUAUAUUGAUUGUGUGCGAGGGGGCCGGGGCAAGGAGGGGGCCACGGCGUGCCCCACUCUGUUAUUUUACGACACGGCUUUCUGUGUAACAUAAUUUUAUUUAAUUUUGUGAAAUGUGUCGGUGUUAUUUGUGAAAAAUCGGGAAGUCGGAAGUGUGAAUUCGAGAUGCAGGGGUUGGUGAGCGACAAGACGUUCCACCUCAAGUGGAACAACCACCUGCAGAACCUGAGCCAGCUCUUCACCACCAUCUACUCCUCGUCGGCGCUGGCCGACGUCACGCUGUCCUGCCGGGAUGGCACGCUCAAGGCUCACAAGCUUGUUUUAUCCGCCUGCAGCCCUUACUUUGAACAAAUCUUCAGGGACAAUCCAUGCCAGCAUCCAAUCGUUAUCCUUAAAGGGAUUCCUUUCUCGGAGAUCAAUUUGUUGGUGGAGUUCAUGUACAAAGGAUCGGUGGAUGUCCAAGAAUUGGACCUCCAAUCCCUGAUGCACACAGCCUCCGAGCUGGAGAUCCGAGGCCUGGCGUAUGAGGCUCGGGACAAUGCUGCGCAGCUGUUGAAUGUGAACUUGGAGUACCCGACUUACUCUCAGACUCAAGUGCCUCAGCCGCAACCACAGGGAUUUGCCCAGGCCCGCACUGAUGUUGAACGCCUUAAGCAGAUCCACAUGUACCAACAGUCCAUGAUGCGUUCAGAAGAGAUCCGCCGUCGCCGCCGCGAUGACACCCCUGGGACGCACACUGCAGUUAACAACAUUCUGGCUGCAGCUGCUAGAGAGAUGGAAGAGGCAAGACAUGCUUCUAGAGGCAACGAGAGGGUGGUAGCGAGCAUACAAACCGAGUUGGAACAUGCCGCAGCGACAUCCACCCCAGACAAGCAAGAUGAAGACAGGCCGAAAAAGCGCACUUCCAUCCUGUCGCCUGACGACGACAAGCUCCGCGCCAAGAAGAAGAUGACCGUCCGCUUCCAAGACGACAAGACUGACGAACGCCCUAACAAGGUUAAUUCGCCGGGGGCAGCCUCAAACCAGGAGGACCCGAAGCCGGGCGGCAUCAAGGUAGUGCAGCUAUCUGCUCUGCAGAAACCCACCAACAACGAGCAUGAUGAUUCUGAUGAAAAACCCAAGAACAUGGAUGAUGAUGAGGAAACGGAUUCCAGUGGCUCCAUGUCUGACUCCAACGCCAACGAAUGCGAAGAGGGCCGCCGUCCUCAUGUCUGCGACAUUUGUGAUCUCAGAUUCCAGCGAUCCUCCCACCUCUCCCGACACCGGCUGACACACACAGGCGAGCGUCCCUUCACGUGCGGCGGCUGUGGACGCUCCUUUGCGCGUUCCGACAAACUGCGCGUACACACCAAGAUCUGCGAGCGGGAAGACCCAACCGUCGACAUGGCCAACGAAUCCACCACGACCAAGCGCGAAAAUAAUUCAGAAGUAAUGUCAGGCAUGGUUCGCACCACACACCGGGAGUCUGGACAUCUGGUUUUCACGCCAAGCGGGGAUGUCAUGCUACCACCCAGAGCUGCAACUAACCCCGUUGUACUUAACAGCACACUGGAGCCGGUGAAGAACGAGCUGCAACAAGGCGACCUGCUGGAGCCGCCGCGGCGCGGGCGCGGACGGCCGCGCAAGACGCCGCUGCCGCUCACGCCCAAGAUCAAGAAGAAGCGCGGCCGUCCGCCCAAGACCUCGCUCGACCUCGAGGGUUGCGUGCUGACGGGCGGCACGGUGCUGGGCAACUCGCACAACAGCCACGGCCUCGGGCACAGCCUGGCGGCGCUGCCGUCGGGCCAGCAGCUGCUGCUCAAGCGCAAGCGCGGCCGCCCGCCCAAGAACUACCUGCUGCCCACCAGGACCGGUACCGACUUAUCGAUGCCGUACAACAUAGCAAUGGACUUGAAUAAGAUUUACGGCCGCCCCAACGAGAACUACAACGCCACCAACCUGCCCUUCGGAGACUUCUCCUACCUCACCGAGAUGAUGUACAACCCCGCCCUAGCCGCGUACGGCUACGGUGUCACCAGCGUCGAUCCCGACCGCAACGUCGACCCCGACCAAUCCGCGACCAGCGAGACCUCCCACGACCGCACUAUAGACGUCUCCGACUCUUCCUCCGACGAAGACGAAAACUCAAGAGUCGAACCCGAGGAAAACGUACCCCCCGUCGGCGUCGAAACACAAAUAAUGACCGUAGGCGACUGCCAGAUCGUCAAACUCCCGCCUAACAACGACGAACCGAAGGAAGACAAACUCGAACAGGUACAGGACAACUCCACUAUCGUCCCCGCUUCGACCCCCAGCUCGGUCACUAUCACUCCGAUCACCACGGUGGGAGACUGCACUAUAAGACCGGUAGAGAAUAACACUUAAGUGCGAUUUAGUGAUGGAAAUAGGUGUUACGCCUGUUGUUGCUUAGCGGAGAAGGUAAAUAUGGACUGCGAAUUACGUAAAGAAUGUUGUAGAUUGAUCGAGGCUUGAAUUCUCUAAUGUUCUAUGAAUUCGUAUAUAUUUACGAAGAUUGCUAUUGCUAUUCAAAUCUUUGAAUCACUAAAUUUAAGCUAGAAAAUACAGAUAAGGAUCGAUUUUGAGACCAGUAAUGCUACCCAAAUAGGUAAACGUGUGAGUAUAGCAGUCGAUAUUACCCUUCUCUGUUACACUACGCUUACUGUUCAGCUGUUAUCAGCUCUUAUUGCGGCGGCGUCACGGUAGCCUCGCUCUUUCUCUCGCGGCUAGUGGGAGAGGGACGCCAUGCUCGGCUAGUGUGAUUAAAAUGGCGCUCUAAAGAUGUGUACGAAUUGUGAACUAUCUGACAUAUAACCUUAAAAUUUUAAAAAUUAAUUGCCUACGUGUUACUUACUUUUAUUGUGUCUUAACUGUAGGUAAGCGGAGCUAAUCAAUUUAAAUUCUUAUUAUAAUCGAUGUCAUUCAAUACAAUAACUUCAAAAAUCAAGAACAAUAUGAAGUAACAAUGCUUUAAAUAUGACUCAAGCAUAUAAAUAUGAGAAUGAUAACUAAAAAAAAUAGAUAGAGAGGUAGCUUGUUUACAUUUUUGUCUACUUCUUUGACCGCCAUUUUACAUAGAAUUUUCGUCUGCAAGUCUUCCCACAUCACAAUAUGUACGACUUAAUUCCUCUGAUGCCGCCGCAAUGACAUAAAAAAAAGAAAAAUGACUGUCGUAAUCUGCAUUUAGAUUGGUGGUGAAAUAAUUUAUUUUCCUGAAAUUAUUAACCGUUUUAAGCUUUACAUUUACCGUGAUACUCAGAAUCGGCCGUUUGAACAAGUCACAACUAGCAAUGUUCUACAUGACGAUUAUGAUAGUGCCUAUGGCUUUGAGUCAUACAAAUUACUGCUCAGAUACUUCUCAUACCGCAAAUAAUUAUACAGCCUGGGAAAAAAAAACAUUUUUUCAUAUAAUCCUUAUGGCGCAUUCUAUAUCCAUUUCGUGUGUUGCGAUUUUAAUUCGACGUUUAAGCAGGCGAUCAUUUUACUGUGCAUAAUUCUGCACUUUGCCUUAGAAAAAGAUCCUCUCAAGCCAGAACAUUCGCGUUUGUACGGGACAAUGGUCGACUAUUUAAUGGAAUGCUACUUAAAAAAAAGGUUGUACGUACUUUAAUUAACUAUGCCUUUUACUGCUCGCAUCAGUAAAUUUGUCAAUACACUACAAACCACUAACAUGACAGUAGUCAUCUGACAAUAUAAUUGUUUAGUGUCAGACUGUCAGAUGACAAUUCAUUUUCCCAAAUAGGCUGAAUUAUUUACCUACUCAAUGUAAGGGUGUGUGAUCGCAAAUCAAUUCAUGAAUUGGAAUAAAACUUAAGUUGUAUGACUCAAGGCCUAGUACUUAGCUGUUAAAAGUACAUGGGACACAUAGUUCUAGGAUUAGUUGUAGAAUAACGAGUUUAUAUAAUAAAUGCAUUAUUUUUCUAAAUUAAAUACGGUAUUCACAUCACAAUACAAACUGGCUCUGAUGAAGUGUUCUUAAAAUUCAUAAGUAUUAAGAUUAUAGAAAUAAAAUAGUAGGCUGUUUACUUACCGAACUCAAAUGUAACCUUACUAAAUUAUAUUAAACGUAAGGUUCGUGUUCGAAUCAUAGAUAUAAAAAAUAUGCAGAAGGAAGGUUUUAAGCAGGAUCUUAAUAGCAUACCUUUGUCAUCCUGUACGUACUCAUGUUCAUGUAGCAUACCAUACUGAAAGAGGCAAAUACAGCUACUCUACUGUUCAAUCCAUGGUAUCUCUAAAAAAUAUAUGAAUGUCGGUUAACCAGCUGGAUAUCAGUCAUAUACUGUCGUAAUGGAAAAAGUGGUGUCAUUAUGACGUCACAUAUCCGUCUUUUAGGAAAUUCUAAUCUAUGGUUUGAACACAAGCUACGUUCAGAAUGGAAACAGUAGAAAAGUAGGUCUACCUCGAUCCAUGUCACUUUAGAAUCUUAACAGUGUUAUAUACCCACCGCAAUAAUUAUAUAUAAGUACCUAUACAUGGCUGAAGAUAAGUCAUGUAGAACAUUGUACACAAGCAAAGUCAUGUACAGAAUAUUUUGCGAAUAUCUACAUAGAGGCAGCGUAUUUACUACAUAUGUUAUAGAAGUAUAUACCCGAUGUUUAUAUACAAGAUGUGCACUCAUGUUGCCUUGGAUGUUUUCUUUUCGAUGAUUCUUCCAUGUAUGUCAGUACUGAACGCUAUCUUACCAUUUAUUGUGGUAGAAUUAGUACCAUUAAAUAUUUCCAAUCGACUUACAUAACAUUUAACUACAGUUUAUUAUGGUAUUAAAAACUAAUUCAUCCUUAAAUACCGAAAAGGUAGCCACGACUAAGCUUAAGUUAUUCUUUCCCAAUAUUCUUGGGGCUUUAAGUGGUUUAACUAUAGUUAUACCACGUUAGCGUUUCUACUAUCUCUCUUGUUUGAUUAAGACUACGGCGUCUGCCUUCCCUAUGCUAUAACAAGCUCUGUGAAUACUAGUACUGUAGAAGUAGUGUCUUAGAUAAAACUUAUUCUAAAUAUUAACUCAACAACACCACACGAACAAGUGAUACGAUGUUAAGUCUAACUAGGGCCUUAUUUGAUUUCACAAAGUGAUUAGUGACAUGGCUAUAUCGUUACUUUUGGAACUAUUGCUUGUGAUAUACAACAAUCCUAUUUCAAAAGUAAUUAUAUCGCGCACUUGGUCGAGUCAAAUUGAGCCCUAGAGCAUUAUUAUAUGGAUAUUAUAAUAACAUAUAUUUCUUUAAUCAUUUUGCCUGUAAAAGCAAUGAGUAACGUAUCGUAGUCUUAUAUAAUGAUAUAUAACGCAAUAUAGUGUAAUGACGGACAUGACAGCUAUCGCCUACUGUCAAACAGUUCUGGCGACGUUUAUUUUGGAUAGAACAAAUCGUACCGUAGUACCUUACUCGAUGUGCGGACUGGAAUCGUAAUGUACGCUUUAUAUCUGUCAACGUGUUCGCAUUAAAUGUCGAUGUCUUAAAAGUAUUAUAAACUCACUACUUUGGAUUUUCGAUCAUUAUUUUCGUAACUGUACAGUAGAAUAGUUCCUAACAUGUAAUCGAAGCAAAAUUAUAACCCUCGACUAGAGUAGAUGAGUAAAUUUAUUUCAAAUCAAUUAUGUUUAGUUUUAAGUCCUAAUUUUUAUAAUCGAUCAAAUUAUCGUAAUUUUAGUACCUAAUUUACAAUUAGUGAUAUGUCGAAUUGUUUAGGAUCGCUCGCCGAUUAAGUUUGCGGAAGACUGCUCUGAUGUUUUCUAUUAUUUUUCGCUUUUACAGUUGACUGAUUUACUGAAAUCAUUUAUUGGCCUUCGAGAGGCAUUUAACGUGAGUCUCAGACGGCAAGCUAAACUUAUCGAGAUCAUUUAAUAUAGGAAUCUGUAUUUUUAUAAUAACCUUAGGUAGCGUUUAAUUUAUUAUCAUCCACAACGUAUCCCAUGCCAUAGCGUACUGACGUCUGAAAUUCGUAUUUAGCUAUUAUGGCCUUAUUGGCAAUUUGUGUUGUCGUUAAGUUUAAAGUGUUGUGCCGCUGUGUUACAGCAAUUGCCAUGACAAUAUAUAAAUGGUCCACCAAAUGUUGGAACUAAAAAAAAAACAAUUUUUAAUGCCAUUGAUGAUUCCACCAACGUCAAGGUUUAGAAAAGCACGCGCUUUAUGUAAAAAAUUGGCCGGUGAGGACGACAUUUUUCACAUUUCCCGCCUUUUUAGGGUCUAGAAUUGGUUGACCGCCUUUAUGUCAUUUACAUUUAAAAAACUAACUUGACAAUUGUCACCUGACACUAGUAAAUUCAUGUCACUAUUAAUGACUUAUGUCAAUGUCAUAA